AAGAGGGCAGGGAUUGGUUCCAAUUCCAGAGGCUGUCCGGAAGGGGCGGGUCUUACGGGUAGUUGCCAGUCCGGUAAACCUCGGAAGUGCUUAGGGUUGUUGACGGAAGUGGGAAGAAGGAUCGUGAUGGCGGCUGGGACUCUGUCUGAGGAGGUGCGGCUGGACGCGGCGGAGGAGCAGCCGCCGCCCGCGACGGCCGAGGAACUGGCCGCCCAGAAGCGCGAGCAGAGGCUGCGCAAAUUCCGGGAGCUGCACCUGAAGCGGAAUGAAGCUCGUAAAUUAAACCACCAGGAAGUUGUGGAAGAAGAUAAAAGACUUAAGUUACCUGCAAAUUGGGAGGCCAAAAAAGCUCGUUUGGAAUGGGAACUACAGGAAGAAGAAAAGAAAAAGGAAUGUGCAGCAAGAGGAGAAGACUACGAGAAAGUGAAAUUGCUAGAAAUCAGUGCAGAGGAUGCAGAAAGAUGGGAGAAGAAAAAGAAGAGGAAAAACCCUGAUCUGGGAUUUUCAGACUAUGCUGCUGCCCAGUUACGCCAGUAUCAUCGGUUGACCAGGCAGAUCAAACCUGACAUGGAAGCAUAUGAGAGACUGAGAGAAAAACAUGGAGAGGAGUUUUUCCCAACAUCUAAUAGUCUUCUUCAUGGAACACAUGUGCCUUCCUCAGAAGAAAUCGACAGGAUGGUCAUAGAUCUGGAGAAACAAAUUGAAAAACGAGACAAAUACAGCCGGAGACGUCCUUACAAUGAUGAUGCAGAUAUUGACUACAUCAAUGAGAGGAAUGCCAAAUUCAACAAGAAGGCAGAAAGAUUCUAUGGGAAAUAUACAGCCGAAAUUAAACAAAACUUGGAAAGAGGAACAGCUGUUUAAUCCCUUUGGCUACUAUUUUCAGAAGCUUGAGAAUGGGGUAAAAGUUUCUACUAGUGGAUUCAAAGUUAUCCUGGCUCCCAGUCCACAUUUAGAAAUAAAUGUUUUUUUCUUAAUCAUAUGCUACAAGUAUAUUUCCACUUGGCUGGAUAUGUUUCUUAAUAGUGUACUUGUUUUGUAAAGAACAACUUUGUAUAAACUCUAAUUAUAUUAUUUUUCUAUGUAUUUUAAAUGUGUAUGCCUUUAAUCCUUGAAACAUUUUGGGCUCAAAAUUGCUGGCAGUGUAUGUAAUUACAGUCAUUAUCACUUUGUUAGGAAUCUCAAGCUAGGUUCACCAUUGUGAAGCUGUAGGUUCCCAGCUCUGAAGUGAAGGAAGGUGGAUGAGACUGGGAGGGCUGAUGCAGGUGCCUCUCGAAGCUGCUUCUGACCAGAUUCAGGAAGUAGCAGUGAUUCUGCUGUGACACUGCCCAUUAUCAGUUCCUCUUUUAAGAAACGAAUAUCCUAUGGAAUAGACUCCCGACUAAACAAAUGUUUAAAUGCAUUUGUAUGUACACAACAUAUUUUUUAUUACGGGAAUAUUUAAACAUUCAAAAAAAAGAUGAAAUAAUACAAUGAAUUCCAUGUAUCCAUUACCCAACUUCAGUCAUACUUAAUAUUCAGGUUUUUGCGUGUUUUUUUUGGUGUUUCUUCCUCUCAUGGGGACCUCAGGCUAUGGAACUGUCAGGGUACAUCAGCAUAUGCAUUGCACCCGGCAUUGAGCUCAGGACCUUCUGCUUGCCCUGGGCAUUUUCUAAGUCACUAACAGCUGUGUAUAAUAGCUGGGCUACUGUGAUCACUUCAGUGUGUGCUGACCCUGGGGUUUGAACUCAGGAUCUUGACCUGCCAGGCAAAUCCAGAUGUGUGCUUUCAUACACUGAGCCAUCUUCCUGGUCCCUCAUGUUGAAUUUUGUUUCAUCUUUCUUUCUGUACACUUUUCUUUUUCUCCAUGAUUCCCUUGUUUUGCAGAAAAUACUAAAUGUAUAGUUUCAUCAUCUGUGUAUCUGAAAAGAAAAAAAAAGGAUCACUGUAUUAUUGUGUCAGUCGCAAUUUUAAUAAAAUUCCAGAGAGAAAUUUUGUUACA